AUGGCUAGCACUGUUGGCAAGGCUGCUGUUGCUUGGGCUGCCGGAGAGCCAUUGUCUAUUGAGGAUAUCGAGGUUGCCCCCCCUAAAGCCCACGAGGUUCGCAUCCAGAUUCUCAAUACCGGUGUCUGUCAUACAGAUGCCUAUACUCUUUCCGGCAAGGAUCCCGAGGGAGACUUCCCUGUCAUCCUUGGUCACGAGGGUGCAGGCAUUGUUGAAUCGGUUGGUGAAGGCGUGACUAAUGUCAAGCCUGGUGACCGAGUGAUCGCUCUCUACACUCCGGAGUGCGGCGAGUGCAAAUUCUGCAAGUCUGGGAAGACCAAUUUGUGUCAAAAGAUCCGCGCUACACAAGGGAAGGGUUUGAUGCCCGACGGCACCACUCGCUUCAGGGCACGCGGUAAGGAUAUUCUGCACUAUAUGGGUACCUCGACCUUUACACAGUAUACCGUUGUUGCCGACAUCUCAGUUGUGGCUGUUAAUCCUAAAGCACCCACCGACCGUGCAUGCUUGUUGGGCUGUGGAAUUACUACAGGCUAUGGCGCUGCAACUGUUACUGCCAAGGUUGAGGAGGGAUCCAACAUUGCUGUUUUCGGUGCUGGAUGCAUUGGCUUGUCUGUCAUUGAGGGUGCAGUCAAGAACAAUGCCGGCAAAAUCAUUGUUGUCGACGUGAACGACGAUAAGGAGGCUUGGGCUCGCAAGUUUGGUGCCACUGACUUUGUCAACCCCACAAAGUUGGGUGGACAGACCAUACAGGAGAAAUUGGUCGAGAUGACAGACGGUGGAUGUGACUACACUUUUGACUGCACGGGAAAUGUCGGCGUAAUGCGUGCUGCCCUCGAAGCUUGCCACAAGGGCUGGGGUCAGAGCAUCAUCAUUGGUGUGGCCGCGGCCGGCCAGGAAAUUUCUACUAGGCCGUUCCAGCUGGUGACGGGACGCGUCUGGAGAGGCUGCGCGUUUGGUGGCAUCAAGGGUCGCUCCCAGCUUCCAAAUCUCGUUGAGGACUACCUCCAAGGCUACCUCAAGGUUGACGAUUACAUUACCCACCGCGAAUCAUUGGCUACCAUCAAUACAGCUUUCCAACACAUGAAGAGCGGUGACUGUAUCCGCUGUGUUUUGGAUAUGGAAGCCUAA